AUGGCGCCCGACAGGCUGUUGUCGCCCAAGGACCUGAAUCACGGGCACGCAGGGGAGGGUGUGGACGAGGAGGAAGAGAAUGGGGAGCACCGCAUUCCCCGCUGUUGGGCAACAUUCUUGUGCAAGCCAUCUCAGCAGCACCGUGGUGCGGUGCCGCUGCCUGUCUGCUGCCCCUUUGCGCCCUUCAUUGCCUGCUCCCUCGCUCUCCUCUUUGGCCGCGCUCCGUCUCUUUCCCUCCCAACGUCUCUACCCCCAUUGUGCUCCCGCAUUCACCGCUCGUACGCCCCUUUCUCUCCGUCUCCCGCCCACCCCCCCGGUUCCCCCCCCGGUGCCUGGGACCGUGCGCACAUGGCGGAGAUCAUGCCGCUUGGAUCGCACGUCAGCCCUUGCGCCAUGGUGCAGUCAGCGCCCGCGCGCCAUCCCCGCAGCCGCAUCCCCCACGCCUCUUCGCACGCCUGCAGGGCGGGGGCUGCGCGUACGGGGAGCGGUGGGGUAAGGGGGAACGCAUGCGCGAAGGAGACCCGCGGAGGGAGGGGAGAAGAGCUGCAGGUUGAGCGGGUGAGGCAACCAGACGCGGCACCGCACACGAUCAUGAAAAUUAAGCAGCUGGCAUGA